AUGGUUCAACAAUCUUUCAACCGCCAAACAUUUCGGCCAUGUGCAGCUCAAUUCGUAUCAAAUGAAACCAGGGUUUCCAGGACCCUGGGGAGCACCCUGUCCCUAUAUUACGUCCCAUCCCCGCGCUACAAGGCUCACCGAUCAAUGCCCUGUCAAAACAUGCGAUGGUACACCAGAAGCAGUGGAAUACUCGUGGAAGAAGGCGAAUAUAAUUGGUCAGAUUUGGAUCGACGUAAGAAGAUAGAACAGAAGUGGGAGUGUUCAACCAAUCGUUUGGGGCUGGGGAAUGAGCGGCGUACAUGGGAGCUCCUAGAUGUGUGUUCCGGAAUGGGGUAA